CUUCCGGCACGGCCCUUAGCCCAGUUUCCGGCGUCCUCAGGCAGCAGCCGCGGCGCGUUUUUCCCCCCGGCAAGGACGCUGCGGAGCGGAGCUUCUGUGCUGACUUCUCUGCUAGCGGGGCGUUUGCCUUUGCUGAGGACGGCGUGCGGAGCCCGGGAAUGAAGGAUGGCAGCACGCCGUGCAUUAAAAGCUGUUUUGGUGGAUCUCAGUGGCACCCUUCACAUUGAAGAUGCAGCUGUGCCAGGCGCACAGGAAGCUCUUCAAAGGUUACGUGCUACUUCUGUAAUGGUUAGGUUUGUGACCAAUACAACCAAAGAGAGCAAGAAAGACCUCUUGGAAAGAUUGAAAAAAUUGGAGUUUGAUAUCUCUGAAGAUGAAAUAUUCACUUCUCUGACUGCAGCCAGAAACUUGGUAGAGCAGAAACAAGUCCGACCCAUGCUGCUGGUUGAUGAUCGGGCCCUACCUGAUUUUAAAGGAAUACAAACAAGUGAUCCUAAUGCUGUGGUCAUAGGAUUGGCACCAGACCAUUUUCAUUAUCAAAUUCUGAAUCAAGCAUUCCGGUUGCUCCUGGAUGGGGCGCCUCUGAUAGCAAUCCACAAAGCCAGGUAUUACAAGAGGCAAGAUGGCUUAGCCCUGGGGCCCGGACCAUUUGUGACUGCUUUAGAGUACGCCACAGAUACCAAAGCCACAGUCGUGGGGAAACCAGAGAAAAUGUUCUUUUUGGAGGCAUUGCGGAGCACUGGCUGUGAACCUGAGGAGGCCAUCAUGAUUGGAGAUGAUUGCAGGGAUGAUGUUGGUGGGGCUCAGAAUGCCGGCAUGCUGGGCAUCUUAGUCAAAACUGGGAAAUAUCGAGCAGCAGACGAAGAAAAAAUUAGUCCAGCUCCUUACUUAACUUGUGACAGCUUCCCUCAUGCCGUGGACCACAUUCUGCAGCAUCUACUGUGAACCAUUAUGUGAAUCAGAAGCAACUUGAAACGCAGCUUUUCAUUGUCUGGAAAGAAUCCCUCAACAACGUAAUGCCACUUAAUGACAGACAGAGACCACUCAGCCCUGGUCACCAUUUAACCCUCUAUUAUUGGGCAGUAAUUAGAAAGAAAGGUAUUGAAUUGCAGCCAGACACCAAGCCUGGCUAAUCCCUUUUUUUUUUUUUUUUUGUAAAAGAAGAUGAGAUCCAAAGAAAGGGAAAGCUGAGAUUUUGUGCCAUUCCUUUUAAAAUAUUCAUCAGAUUAGCGGUGCUGGGGAAGAGUCUAUUGCAGGGACCCUGUUCUUUGCUGUCUCCUCACUGGUAAAUUGGAGGGGUUCAGACUCUGAAUAAAGUUGAGUGGUGUUUUGUUUGUUUUUUUUUUUUUUUUCCGGUACGUGGGCCUCUCACUGUUGUGGCCUCUCCCGUUGCGGAGCACAGGCUCUGGACGCGCAGGCUCAGCGGCCAUGGCUCACGGGCCCAGCUGCUCCGCGGCAUGUGGGAUCUUCCCGGACCGGGGCACGAACCCGUGUUCCCCGCAUCGGCAGGUGGACUCUCAACCACUGUGCCACCGGGAAAGCCCGUUGAAUGGUGUUUUUUAAGUUAUAAAGUACUGCACUGAAGAGUGCAUUAGGCUGUAGUUUUUGUUUGUUUUUGUUUUUGUUUUUUGCGGUACGCGGGCCUCUUACUGUUGUGGCCUCUUCCAUUGCGGAGCACAGGCUCCGGACUUGCAGGCUCAGCGGCCAUGGCUCACGGGCGCAGCCGCUCCUUGGCAUGUGGGAUCUUCGCAGACUGGGGCACGAACUCGUGUCCCCUGCAUCGGCAGGCGGACUCUCAACCACUGUGCCACCAGGGAAGCUCUAGGCUGUAGUUUUAAUUUUGAGUUCAACUGUGAAAUCCAUCAGAAGUGCCAAGUGGGGUACAGGACAGAAGAAGCAAAAUAAAGUGUCCUUUAGCCCAAGUGAAGGAAUGAAUUUGCUUUAACAGAUGUUGAAAACUAGAUUAGCUACUGUAUUAUUCCCAGCACAGGUGACUUCUUUUUCUCUUCGUUAGCCAGAGAUGAGUAAUUUAAAUUUAGAACCUGGUUUUAAUUUAAAAUAAUAUUUCCAUUAAUAACCUAUUCAUUGCAGAUACCUAUUACACUGUGUAACAGUUGUUUUGGAAAUUUUAUGUAAAAGUAAAACUAUCAGUAUUUUACAGAUGUUUUAAUUAGACAUUGUUAUUAACAGGAACAGUGCAGAAACUAAAAUCAAACCUUUAAUGUCUUAUAGACCAUGCAUUUUUGAGGUUAGUGUCCACCCGGGUCCUAUUAACUGUACAUUUGCAAGAUUUCAUUAUUUUUGCCUCUGACACUAUGGGAGAAAUCUUUUAGAAGCUGUUGGGACAGAUUCAAGCUUUUAUGUACUUGGUUACUACGGCUGUAAAAUGAAAUCUCGUCUUGCAGCAUGGUUUCUUCUUCUCGUGUUAAACCCACCAAAAUGAAGGGGACUAAAUAGGUAAUGAUCUUCUUAGUGCAUUUGCAUACUGUGAUGAUCCUGGGCCUUUGCAAUUGUUUUACUGGGCUCUUGGGCACUGGAUCAUUAGCCUAUAAUUGUCCAUUAUCAUGGUGCUCACCUUAUUGAAGCACACAGCAGUGUUAAUGAGUUUUGGGUUUUGAUGCUUGUUUAGAGAUCAGCUUGGUCUUGGAUGGGGGGGAGCAAAGCUAAAUAAAUGGCCGCUUCCUCUCCUUCUAGUCGUUUGGUGAACACUUUUCUUGUUUUUGCAGAUGCCCCAACUUAGUCCUUAUGAUCCUAGAGUGCAGAAGACAGAUGUGCUAGGGCACCACCCCAGAUCAGAAGGAGGAGUGCAGUGACUGGGGGCACAGAGCAGGGAGCCUGGCCAGCACUUCCCUUCGGUGACCUUGGGCAACUCCCCUAGCCGUUCCUGCCUCCUCUGCCUUCUCUGUAAAGUGGAGAUACCCAUAGUGCCCACCAUGUAGGCUUGUUGUGAGGGUUAAAUGCACAACCCGUAUAUCAAGGACUUUAAAUAGAAUCGGACGAAUGUUAAGUGUUGCCUGUUUGCGAUGAUGACACAGAUGUAGCAGGAGUAUCUGCAUUUAACAAUCUGGAAAGGUUGGUAGAAUUCAUCUCUACAGUCAGUUCAGUGGGGAAAGUCUUCCUGAGAAUUUAAAAAAGAGAGACAUUCUACUACAUUUAAAUUCCCUCAGGCCGGAGCCACACAGAAAAGCCCAGCGUGCAGGCAAGAGGGGCUGCUGGGCGUGUUCACCAGUAGUCUGUUCCCGGGCACCUGGGUCACUGAUUCCUUGGCCCAAGCGUUAUCAGGGGUUUGCUAGCUGCUGUGCGCCAAGUGCCUUCUAGGAAAUAAACAUUUAAGAGAAGGAUUUUGCCUGGAGGGCCCUUACUAGGUGAGGAGCUAAGGAGAAUACCCAAGGCAAUGGGUCUGUCUCCCUCCUCUGUGACGAGGUCCUGACCGCAGGGUGGAGUGAAGCGUUCCCCUCCUUCGUGCCCUGGAGCAGUUGUCAGAUUAUACUUAGGUCUUCAAACGUCUCUUCUCCCCACCAGACAGGACUCUUGUCUGUGCUACAACACAGAUGGGCACUCAGGCCGUCACCAGACAACUCAAAAUUAGCUGUAAAUAUUACAGGAAUUGAAUGCUGGAGGGUAUAGCUGUCUGUAGGGAGGAGAAAAUGUUUCGUUUUAGACUUGCUGCCCAUAGGGGAGGCCCGUUAGGCACUUAAAUAAUGGCUCUGAUGCUCUGGAGACAGGUUAGAGCUAAAUCCAAGCAGUAGACAUCACUGAUGGGUGAGUGGCAGGAGGGGGCAACCCAGCUGCGUGUAACGAGCCAGCCAAGAGAAACGGCCGCUCUACUUUCCUCCAUUCUCGCGUGGCCCUCUAGGCCAUUAAAAUCUUAGUUGGCUAUUUUAUUUACUUAAUAAACACUAUAUAGGACUUUCUAACUGACCUGUCCACAGUGUGAAGUGCGUGAGGAUAAAUAGAAAUCUUGGUUUAGGUCGAGGUUACUGUAAACAGUAACAGCUCAGCUGGUUGGUUGGCUUGCCUUGGGCUUCAUGGAGGAGAUUGAAUAACCGAAGUACGUAAAGGACUUCAUUUUCCAGCCAUCACAUUUCAGGGGCUGUCUCGUGGUACUGACCCCAAGGAUAGUGUUUGUGCCAGCUUUACUAUAAUCCUGUCCUGGCCCCAGAAAGCGGACCAAGUGACAUCUUCAGACUUGAAAGGGCAUUAGAGAAUGCCCAUUGUCAGGAGGCGGUUAUUGGGCAUCUGCUGUGAGCUGGGCGUGGAGGAGGGCAGAGGGCCAGUCUGGGGGGGAGACAAGGUUGUUGCACGCACUUCACACACGUCCAGAAUCAGCUAGUUCUGCAGUGGCUCUGCCUACCCUCCACUCUGCCCCUGUCGGCGGGGACUGUAAGCCUGGCAAGGAGAAGGCGGCUGGCCCACCUCCCUGGUGACGGUUCCCUCCAGCACCUGCGGUUGUGGGUACGAGAAACUGCCCUGGAGUGACGGUGUCAUCACCUCACUCUUAACCCCACACCGGAAAAUUACAGGAGCAAGUUGGACAGGAAAGUCACAACACACCUGCACGGAUUAUGUUCAGUUGGGUUUGGAUCAGUGGUGGUUCACGUUGGAUGAAACUGAAGUCCGUGGGCGCCUAUAAUAAAGAAUUUUUAAAACCGCACUCAUCUACUUCAGUAAAACACUUGCCUUGGGCAGCAGAGUACUUUCGUCCUGUUAGCACUUGUUUGCAUAGAGCCAUGUUUGCAUUAUUGAGUUUCUUUGACAUAAGUCAAA